AUGCGGGGUCUCCUUUUCUGCUGCCUUGUGGCCCUGGCCACAAGUCAAAGUGUCCGUUAUGACGUCAGCCUGAACCCUAAGAAGACCUACGAGUACAAAUAUGAAGGAGUGGUGAACUUUGGGCUCGGCAUGCCAAACCUAGCAGAGUCUGGUGUGAGACUGCUGUGCAAGGUCAAGAUCACGGGUUUGUCUGCAACAAUGUUCAUACUUCAGGUUUCAGAUUUGGCCUUCGAGGAGUUCAAUGGGUUCCCAGGGAAAAAUGGCUUUAAUGCCUCCCCAAAGCUCACCCAGCGUAUCGCUGCACAGCUCGCCAAACCUUUCAUGUUUGAGUAUGCCAGUGGACAUGUUGGUGACAUUCGCGCCGCUGCAGAGAUUUCUGACACCGUUGUCAACAUUGUGAGAGGGAUCCUGGGUUUCUUCCAAUUCACUGUCAAGACCACACAGAGGAUCUAUGAGCUAGAGGAGAUUGGAAUCCAUGGCAAGUGUCAGAGUAACUAUGCUACUGAGGAAAAUACAGAAACACAGGACAUGACCAUCACUCAAGUUGUAGAUGUCAGUAACUGCAGGGAGAAAGCAGCAAUCUACAGGGGCAUGGCCACCGCUGUGCUCGACAAAAUCUCCAAACAGAGAGGGGAAUCUGUCAUUUCCACAGUGAGAUAUGUUUACACAGUCAAGCCAACGGCAGAGGGAGGUCUCAUUACCAGAGCUCAUGGCCUGGAGCGACAGCACUUCAGUCCCUUCAAUGUGAAAGGCGGUAGUUUCAAGAUGCAAGCGAUGAAGGAAAUGGUGCUGCUCGGUGUGAGCGACACAGCGAGAGCCAUCACGUUCGGGCCAAUGGAGAGCAAGGGCAACCUUGUUUACAAGUUUGUCAAUGCAGAAGCUAAUAUCCCUAUUGUAAUGCAGAACCUGGACAACCCCGUCCCAAAGGCUGUUGAGCUGUUCAAACAGUUGGCCCAGGCUAACAGAUACCAGAUUGACAAGGCAACGACUGAGGACACCAUAAAGCUGUAUCAGCUCCUGAGAGUGAUGCCAUAUGAAGGACUGGUUGUUAUCUGGGAGCAAUUUGCAGGAAAUGAAGAACAUAGACGUUGGUUUUUGGACAUGAUUGUUGAAAUUGGCGAUGCCAGAAUCCUAAAGUUCCUGGAAACAAGGUUUCGGGCAGGUGAUGUGUCUGCGGAUGAAGCUCUGGAAACCCUUAUGGUCUCCAUUAACCACCUCCACGCUGUCCCUGAGCUGGUUGAGAUGGCUAAAAUGUUCCUGACUAUGCCAUUCAGUAAAUCCAACACCUAUCUGUGGCAUACUGUGGUGCUUUCCUACGGUUCUCUGGUAUACAAGAACUGCGCAUAUUAUACACCAUGUCCAGUAUCUGCUGUUCAGCCACUGCUGGACAUGGCCACGGAAAGUCUGAGGAAUAACAAUGAGGAAGACAUGAUCCUGGCUCUGAAAGCCCUGGGGAACGCAGGUCAUCCGGGCAGCAUUAAGACCAUCAUACGCUUUCUCCCUGGAAUUGCUGCCAACCCUGUGGAUCUGCCACCCCGUGUCCUGAGUGCUGCUGUGCAGUCUAUGAGACUCAUAGCUGCCAGAGACCCUCACAGUGUCCAAGACAUCACCAUGAGCCUGUUCCUGCAAAAACACCUUCCCGCUGAGAUUCGCAUGCUGGCCAUCAUGAUCCUGUUUGACACAAAGCCAUCAAUGGCUCUUGUGUCCACAGUAACAACACAUUUACAGGAAGAAAAAGACUUCCAUGUCGUUAGCUUUGUUUACUCUUACUUGCAAAGUAUUUCCAGAUCCAGGACUCCAGACAACUACUUUCUCUCAACAGCCUGCAAUGUGGCUGUGAAGAUCCUUGCCCCUAAAUUCGGUCGUGUCAGCUAUUACUACAGCCAAGCAAGACGCAUGGACUGGUUUAACGAUGAUUUUCUGAUUGGUACGGCUGCAGAAGUCUUCAUGCUCCGAAGUGCAAACAACAUCUUUCCCACUGAGUUUAUGACAAAAGGAAAGUUUUAUUUCAUUGGUAGAGUUCUGCAGCUCUUGGAGUUCGGUAUUCGUGCUGAGGGGCUUAAGGAUCUGUUUGGUGCUAGCAUCCCUGGAUUUAAAGGAGACUUUAGCUUUAACGACUUCCGGGCUAUUUUCAAUGUUCUUCAAAACUGGGAAAUUCUGCCAAAUGAUAAGCCGGUCCUCUCUGCCUAUGCUCGCGCCUCUGGACAAGAGUGGUUCUUUGGCGAUAUCAACAAAGAGCUUAUUCAGAAUAUCAUCAGGGCUUUUAGUCCUUCUGCAGGGAAAGACAGUCCCGUGUUUGCUGCCAUUCAGAAUUUACAGAAGGGAGUCUCAUGGCAUAAGACUAAGCCAUUUUUGAUUUUUGAGGCGCGUUACUUUCAAGCUACCACACUGGGCCUCCCAGUGGAGAUAAGCAAAUAUUAUGAAACACUCAACGGAGUCACUGUUAAUGCUAAAGCUGCAGUAAAUCCACCACCAACUGAACGUCUGGGACAGCUGCUGACCUCUGAAAUUUCACUGGAAUCUGACGGAUUUGUUGGUUUCACAAAGGAUGUCUGGGUUUUCUAUGGAAUCAACACAGAGCUGUUCCAAAGUGGUUGUGAGUUUAAGAGCAAAGUUCCUCUUGCAAUCCAGUGGAAGUUUGCUGCCAAGAUCAAUGUCGCAGAAAGGAAAUUUGAAAUCGACUUCCCUCCUUGCAAAAAAGAGCUUGAAGUUUUUUCUGUCAGCUCCAAUGUGUACGCAGUUUCCAGGAACAUUGAAGAGCCAGCUUUGGCUAAAGUUACACCAAUGAUGCCCAACAUUGUUGACUCCAGUGUCAGCCACAUGGCUCCUACUGUACAGAGACCUGAGUCACAAGAAAUCCUGACACCAAACAUCUGGCACCCGAGAGCCAAAAUGUGUGCCGAAAGCAACAUUUAUGGAGUAGGUCUCUGUGUGGAGUCGGAGCUGAGGAGACAGUACUAUCACGAAGAAUACCCCCUGUACUAUUUCCUGGGGUACACUUGCAUGGCAGUCACAUUUGUCCCAGCCCAGGCAAUCAAAGCAGUUGACAAAAUCCACUUUGAGGUUAAUGCCGGCCCCAGCAGACAUCCAAUGAGUGCACGCCAACUGCUUGAGACUCUGCGUACACUUUCCAAGGAAGCAGCUCAGCGGGUACGUCAGUCCUCAGAUUCAGCCUCAAGUGUCAGAGAAUCUCACCAGAGCCACCGUGACGUAAUGGAGGGCUGGAACUCAACACCCGAAGCUGUGUUCAAUAUCAAAGCAUUUGCCAUGAGUGGCAACCAGAAGCCUGAGGGUUAUGAUGCAUCCGUAUACUACACGCCUGAAGCAAACAUUCAGAAUGCCCAACUGAUUAUGUCCCAAGUUGGAGAAGACACCAACUGGAAGAUGUGCGUCGACACCAGUGCGAAUGCUGGCUCUGGGGCAAAGGCACACAUCAGAUGGGGAGCUGAAUGUCAGUCCUAUGAAAUUUCAAUGAGGGCUGCUACUGCACAUCUACCUGGUUCCAAGCCAACACUCAGAGCCAAAGUACACUGGACCAGGGUCCCAGAAAGCAUGGAGGACAUGGGCACAAGAAUUGGAAGCUACAUCCCAGGCAUGGCUUUCCUUUUUGGGUUCUACCAGCAGAAUGAGAGAAACGCAGCGCAGGAGGUUUCUGCAUCGGUCGUUGCUGCCUCAGCAGACAGCGUUGAUGUGAAGAUUAAAUUCCCAAAGUUUACAGUUUACCACCAGGCUAUUCCAUUCCUGCUGCCGCCGGCCAAUUUUCAGGAGUUUCAUUACAACCUCACAAACACAACAGUAGAUGGGUUUGGACAAACAUAAAAACAUAAAUACGUCAAAGUGCAGAUGGAAGCCAGACGCCUCUUUUCGCUGCGAUAAUGCUGCAACCCGAAAUCACACCGCUGUGAUGAAAGUGAGAACCAUUAAAAAUGUAUCAGUAAUCCAUCAGAUGUCUCCAGUUUGGAAAUAACCUGUAAAGGUUCUGAUUUAUUAAUUUAAAAGCCAGUAAAUAUUUGAACA